UGUUUGUAGGUUAUAUAAUUAUUACUAUUCAGUAUUACCGGGAAGAACUUAGAAUUUGAGAAUUUAGUUAUAGGCAGAACAAGAUUCCUUAGAAACGUUAAACCUGUUAAGUGUGAAAAAUUUGCAUUCACACUUCAGCCGAAAACGUGAUGACUUUCGAAAAUAAGUAUAAAAAGCUAGACGAUGUUAUGCUAGAUUAUCAGUCAAAGUUGGUUUCCCGAUCGAUAACUGCACAACAUUCAAAAUGUUCAAAAUCUUGAUGAUCUGCGCUAUUUUUAGCCUGGCCGCAGCCUUCCCAGUAGAGGAAGAUGAAGUUAUCGCUCGCAGUGAGGAUGUGCGCGCAGAUGGCUUUGUGGCCAGUCUGGAGACUAAGAAUGGCGUCAAUGAGCAACGAUCGGGUGAUGAGCACGGCAACAUCAAGGGCAGCUUCAGCUAUACCUCCCCCGAAGGCGAGCACAUCCUGAUCACUUAUGUGGCUAAUGAGAACGGUUACCAACCAUCUGGCGCUGUUCUGCCAACUCCCCCACCAAUUCCAGUUGAGAUCCAAAGGGCUCUUGAGUGGAUCGCUCUGCACCCUUAUGUUGAGAAGGAGGAGACCGAGACCGAGGCCGAGGAAGAGAAAGAGGAAUAAUCUUUCGGUGAUCUAACCGUUAAAUUCUAACUUAUUGGACGAUGAUGACGAUGAUCGAUUAAUAUUUAAGUUUUCCAUCCUUGAAUCUGUAUUUUAUAAGUCUAAACAAAUACAUGCAGCAAAUUGCUAAU